AUGCGGCAGGUGACGACGGCAUGGCUGCUCGCGUUGUUCGCCGUGCGCACGGUGGUAACCGAAUGCGUCGAUAGGCAUAUAUUUUCGGACCGACCAAGCACAGGUACACUCGAAUCCCCGGCGUUUCCAACACCGUAUCGAUCCGACCUCUCAUGCCUAUACAACAUAUCGACUGUGGCAUCAAAUGUUAUACACCUAACAUUUUUAUCGUUUGAUUUGGCCGAAAAACACAGUGGACAGUGCCUCGAAGCUUAUGUACUUGUAAUCGUCGUUGAUCGUCUAGGUAAAGAGCAUGUCGGUAAGCGCUUGUGCGGCACCAACGUGCCUGCCAAAAUAGAGACCAUGCAGCCGACUGUUCAUGUGCAGUUCGUCACCACAGCAGCUGGACGUCAGCAUCGUGGAUUCCGGAUUCGCUACGAGAUCAUUUCGGAAGCUCUAGUGAAACAACCGCCGUCGUAUGUUCCAGACGACGAAAAAGCUUUCGAACGAAGUUGCGGUGGUGCGACGAAGCCAGGCCAAUUAAUGGGAGAAAUUGUAUCACCCGGAUAUCCGACUACGUUCCCACGAAACGCCACAUGUUAUUGGUUAAUUCGAGUGGAGCCAAGGCAACGAGUUUAUAUACGACUUGAACAUCUUUAUCUUUCCUCAACAAUUGCUGAAUGCGAACGUGCAUCUCUAUCAAUCAUGGACGGGUAUAAGCACGAUAGCAAAACUGACGUUCAACCCGACUUGUCAGAGGCACGAUUUUGUGGCAGUCAAUUGUAUUACAUGGAAGAAGGAAUGAAGAGUUAUCUAUCAAGUGCGAAUCGGUUACUUCUUAUAUGGACGGCUGUUGAGAAUGCUUUCAACGAACUCCAACAAUCCUCAUCAGCAUUAAUGUGGUCGAAACAAAAUUCUGGUCAAGACAAUUCAUGCACCCAAUUCACCUGCCACGGAGGACAAAUUUGCGUUGAAAAGGACCAAGGCGUAUGCGUGAUGCGGCCACAGUUGUGUAUUGAUUCGUCGCUAGUUUGCAAUGGUGUGCAAAAUUGCGUCGAAGGUGACUACAGCGAUGAGCGGCAUUGCUAUUCACGUGAGAUCAUCAUCAGUGCUACGGCUGGUUUUCUUACACUGACAACAAUCGUCGUCAUUUUUGUGUGCUAUGAUCAAUGGCGUAAACGACAUCAUCAACGUAAAAUGGCACGUGAACGAUGUUCCAUCAGCAACGGAAAAACACAACGAACGUUCCGUCACAAUCCGAAUCUCAAUCACGAAGUUAUGUUCGAUCGAAUCACAGAAGCGCCACGAUUCGUAGGUGUACAGAAUGACAUCGUGCCACGCUUCUACCCACAAUUACCACCACAUCAUGCGCGGUGA